GACGGGGGAGGUAAAAUAGUGUGAGGUGACCUUUCUCGCGUCCUCAAACGUCAGUUCAUCACGAGCUGCUAUUCCGUAAAGAGCGUCAUAAGUGUCAUCUUUAUUGUUUUCCGUGUUUCGAGUAUUGGAAAGGCAGAAAGGAGAAAAUUUUCCCAUUUUCCGGAACGAAAUAAGAAAAGCAUACGAAAAUGGUCUGGAUAACUGCGGACGACAAGAUGGCAGGUACACCAAACACGGGGGCAUUGAACGCCCAAACCCAGCUGGACCAUAUGUGCGCCCUGGACGUUGAUUCUCAUGCGUCCUUCGUCCGUUUGUCCGGUAUUAUUUGUACGAUCGGACCGGCCUCGAGAUCGGUCGAAAUGCUCGAGAAAAUGAUCGAGACUGGCAUGAAUAUCGCUCGAAUGAAUUUUUCUCAUGGUUCCCACGAGUAUCACGCUGAAACGAUCGCCAAUGUUCGCCAGGCACAAAAGAAUCUGUCAGAACGCAACAAAAUCAAUGUUCCUGUGGCCAUUGCUCUGGACACGAAAGGUCCCGAAAUACGAACCGGUCUCCUCGAGGGUGGUGGAGCUGCCGAGGUUGAGCUUGUCAAGGGACAAGCUUUCAAACUCACCACGGACAAGGCUAUGAUGGAAAAAGGCACUGCCGAAGCUGUAUGGGUUGACUAUGAAAACAUUUCGAAGGUUUUAAAAGUCGGUAACCGCGUGUUCGUCGAUGACGGUCUUAUUUCCCUCAUCGUAAAUACUGUCAAUCCCACGCACAUUUUGUGCACCGUUGAGAACGGUGGAACUUUGGGUUCCCGCAAAGGAGUCAAUCUUCCGGGUGUUCCUGUCGAUCUUCCAGCCGUAUCCGAGAAGGACAAAUCCGAUUUGCAGUUCGGUGUUGAUCAAGAGGUCGACAUGAUAUUCGCUUCGUUCAUUCGUAACGCUUCGGCCCUCACCGAAAUUCGUGGAAUUCUUGGAGACAAGGGGAAAAAUAUCAAAAUUAUAUCGAAAAUCGAGAAUCAACAGGGCAUGACGAAUCUCGAUGAAAUUAUCGAAGCCUCCGACGGUAUCAUGGUCGCUCGUGGUGAUCUUGGUAUCGAAAUUCCUCCAGAAAAAGUAUUCCUUGCACAAAAAUGUAUGAUCAGCAGAUGUAACAAGGUCGGAAAGCCUGUUAUCUGCGCUACUCAGAUGCUCGAAUCCAUGGUAAAGAAACCUCGUGCCACCAGAGCCGAAUCUUCUGAUGUUGCUAAUGCUGUCCUCGAUGGAGCCGAUUGCGUUAUGUUGUCAGGAGAAACCGCCAAGGGCGAAUAUCCUUUGGAGUGCGUGCGCACAAUGGCAAAUAUUUGCAAGGAAGCCGAAGCAGCGAUUUGGCAAAACCAAAUAUUCUCGGAUCUUUCCGCAAAAGCAUUGCCACCCAUCGAUGCCACUCACGCAGUCGCCAUCGCCUCGGUUGAAGCUUCCGCCAAAUGUUUGGCUAAUGCGAUCAUCGUAAUCACUACCUCCGGUCGUUCUGCUCAUUUGAUCUCCAAAUACAGACCACGAUGCCCGAUCAUUGCUGUUACUCGGUUCCAUCAAGUCGCAAGACAGGCUCAUCUUUAUCGCGGUAUUCUGCCGCUCCAUUACACAGAGCCGUCAUUGGCCGAUUGGCUCAAGGACGUCGACGUUCGAGUACAAUUCGGCAUAAGUUUCGGCAAGAGUCGUGGAUUUUUGAAGACUGGCGAUUCGGUGGUCGUUGUAACCGGAUGGAAGCAGGGCUCCGGUUUCACAAAUACUCUUCGUAUUGUAAAUGUUGAUUGAGAGAGCACACCGACUGGUCUGCUGAAAACGUAUGAUGCUGUGGAUUAGAUGUAAUAAUCAUAAAUGAUCUGAUGUCGACCGUUUCGCCAUGCGUUCGAGCGAUUCUGCACUAAAACGUGCUCGUUCUCUCCAAAUGUUGAAUCGAGGCAGUAUGCCAAAUUGAAACGGUGAUGAAAGAAAAAAAGAAACAUUAAGGAAAACCAAACAAAAAAUGCUGUCUUGGGUAGAUUCAGUAUUAUCCGGUCACAGCAUAGAUUUUAAUGAUGUGUAUAUAUACGUAUGUAUAUAUCAUGUAUAUUAUGUGUAUAUGCAUACAUCAACGAAUAAUACACCGCAGAACAAUGACGGCAUACCUUGUAUAGUACCUAAGUCAUCCCAGUAAUAAAUUAUACGAAAAAAUCA